UACAGACUAAUUUUAUGUCUAAUUCUUCCAAAGUUAAGUUUUCCAAAACCGACAUAACUACAAUUUAUGCUAAAUUAAAAUAUGUGUACUUUGCACCAAAUAUCAGGCAAAACAGUGGUUUAUGGCAAUAACAAGGGGCUGUUUUUAGACCUGAACAGUGCAGUAUUUACACUACACAUGUGGCCAUUAAAGCAGAUUUAUGUAAAGCAUCAUUUGCUAAGCAUACUGUCGCUUCUAGGCCUGAAUCCAAUGGUCCCAUCUGGAGCUCAGCAUUGAUCCCGUGCCUGCUGACCUUGAGGAGGAGAUUUAAAAUACACGCCAUGAAUAAAAAUGUGGUAUGAAUAAGAUAUAAAGAGAAGUAAGAGGUGCAGAACAGAUUGGUGUUAUUGUUUUGCAGAGUAAUGGUUGUGUUUAAACGGCUUCUGUACAUCCUGUUGGACCUGUUAUCAGCAGGGUAAACAAGGGCUUUGGCGACACACAGUGUUACAAAUGAGCAUUUUCCUUUUUUUCCCCUCCACAUCGACAGGUGGCAGCUCUAAGUUGAUAGUUUAUGAUUAAUUUACCAAAACAAGUCAUAGAAAUACAGCAGGUAGAGUGGAUGUGACAAUUAAUCAGAAUCAUAAAUCAGUUUUAUUGGCCAGGUAUGUACACGUACAAGGAAUUUGACUCUUGUUUUACGUCACCCUUAUGAAAACAGGCUAAACAAAAUAGAUAUAAACUACUAUGUACAGUUAUAUAUGUAAAUAUACACACAUAUAUAAAAAUAAACAACAACAAUAACAUUUGUAGACAGUAGGAAAUAGUGCAAAGGAUGCUCGAAUAAAUAUUUGUGUGCAUGUAAGUAGAUAUUUAUGACAUAAAUAACUGAAACUGUCAUAAUAAAGAUAUAUUUUCCCAAAUAAAUAAUUAUUAAAAUCAAAAUACUGACAAAUAUGUUAUCAAAUGAACAUUAUCACGGUUAAGAUUAGGACAUAAAGGAUUAAACACUACAUAAAUUAAUUAAUUAAUUGUACAGAGACUGUUGUUGUGCUGAUGCCUUGUAGAAGGUUCAAUAAGGGAGAGGAAAGACUGCAGGAAGGUGGUGGAUUAUCUUUUAUUUAAAUACUUACAUGAAACAGGUUUAAUUUACAGAAUAUAAUUCCACUAUAAAGUCAUGAUCUGACACACUCCACACUGUACCUUGAACAUUGGUUUGUAGCCCGCCUUAAAACCAAAAAAAAGAAGCGCUUCUACUUAAAAAAUAGUAAGUAGUACUUUUACUUAAUUAUUUAAGAAUAACAUAAAUAAUAGACAGAAUUGAGUUAUUUUGUUGUUGUUUUUUGGUUACAUCCACCUCUUUAAAACUGCUUUUAAUGUUUAAUUGUUGUGUAUUGUAGAUAAAUAUAUAUAAUAUAUAUUGUAAUGUGUUGUUUCCUAUUGAGUCUAUGUAUUUUAACUUAUGUGCAAUGUCUUUUAGUUCAUUAAAAGCACCACAAAGUAAAUAAUGAGUAAAAGCACCGCCCCACACUGUGCAGCAGGGGGCGGUAAUGAAAACAAUAAAACCCUCCGCGCUGUGUUUGACUCGGAUAAGUUAGCUCCUCGCUAACCGCGCGAUGGACAAUGUCCCCGGUUUUUGCUCGCCGGUCACUACCGAGGAAAACGGUGCAGAAACCCGCGACGGCCCCUCCGUGGAAGACGGAUUAGUCGACGCUUUCGGCGACCUGGCUGCCCUCCCGGUCGAGGUCGGGGAGAGAAGACCGACGUGUUUACGGUGCCGUCGCCCUCAGAAGGUGUGUCUCUGUCCUUUUCUCCCACCACAACCCCUGGAGGUGUCCACCUGUCUGUACGUAGUGCAGCAUCCUGCAGAGGAGAGCAGAGUACUGCGCACAGUUCCUCUACUUGCUGCUUGUUUGCCAUCAGGAAAAUGCAACGUCAUAGUUGGAAGGAGAUUCAACGAGGAGAAGCACCCGGAGCUGGCUGCCGUAUGUCGGGACAGCAGAACGCUGAUCCUGUACCCGGGCCCCAAAUCCCAAAACCUGGAGGAGUUAGUGCAAUACCAGGAAGUGGGCAGUGUGAAACAUAAUGUGAUCAUCAUAGACGGCACCUGGAGCCAGGCCAAGAACAUGUUCCUCAAAAACAGCCUGUUCCACCUUCCGAAACAGGUCCAGCUCAACAGGACUCUGUCCAGUCAGUAUGUGAUCCGCACGCAACCCUCCAACAUCUGUCUGUCCACGCUGGAAUGUGCUGCUGUCGCCCUCUCCAUCCUGGAGCAGAAUGACGACAUCCAAGAGGUUCUGCUGAGGCCCCUGAAGGCCCUGUGCUCCUUCCAGCUACAGCACGGCGCCCAGGUCCAUCACAGCAAAGAGCAUCUACUGAAGAACGGCAUGUACGACAAACCGAUGCCCAAGAACAAACGCAAGAUAAAGAGGAUGGAGAAACUCGUCACUGACCACAACAUCUGCCCGAGAUGAGGGAGCGUCCGAGCGGAGAAACGGGGGCCCGACUCAUCUCUGCUGUCCGCGCUGCACAGGACUGAAUCAUCAGAGCAGCACGCCGCCACCGCCGCAUCAGGGCGCAGGAAGGAAGGGAAACCACUGGACUUACUAGGGAGUUGUUGUCUUUUUUUCUUCUGUUUUUAGAUUAUUGUAAUUUAUGUAUUUGUCAUUAAUUUAAAAUAAAUUAAGGACAUGUUAAAGUGUGACCAAUAAA